AUGACAGCGAACAGACGUGUGUGUGUUAUAGGUGCGGGGCCGUGUGGUAUGUCCUUUCUCUACCACAAUAAUCAGUUAAAAGUUGCUGGGAAAGAGUGCGCAGACGUCGUGUGUUAUGAAAAACAGUCUAACUGGGGAGGUUUGUGGAACUAUACCUGGAGAACAGGUACGGAUGAGCAGGGCAAUGUGUGUCACGGAAGCAUGUACCGAGACCUCUGGUCGAAUGGUCCUAAAGAGUGCCUGGAAUUACACGAUUACACCUUUGAUGAUCACUUCGGAAAGGCUAUCCCUUCGUUUCCUCCACGGGCUGUUCUGUUCGAUUACCUACAAGGUCGAUGGAACAAGAGUAAUCUUCGUAACUACAUCACCUUUAAUACAAAUGUACAACGCGUGACCUACAAUAAGGAGACGGACGAUUUCACAGUUAUGACCAAGGAUCUGAGCAAUGACAAGGAUCUCCCACCAGAGAGAUUCUCUCACGUCAUAGUGGCUACCGGUCACUUCUCGGUCCCAAAAGUUCCCUCCUUUGAAGGCAUCGAUAAGUUUCCAGGUAGAAUUCUGCAUUCACAUGACUUCAGACGAGCUAAUGAGUUCAAGGGUCAACGAAUUCUGAUAGUCGGCUCUAGUUAUUCAGCAGAAGACAUCGCGAUGCAAUGUAGGAAAAUGGGAUCCGAUAAUGUUAUCAUCAGCUACCGGAGAAAGCCAACGAAUUAUCACUGGCACAACGGGAUCGAGGAACGUCCACCAUUAACAAGGGUAGACGGAAGUACAAUUCACUUCAACGACGGGACGACGGCAGAUGUUGAUGCCAUCAUUCUUUGCACUGGAUAUUUAUAUAACUUUCCGUACUUGCCGGACUCCCUCCGUCUCAAGACGGCACUUGAAUUAUAUCCGGCUGGCUUGUAUAAGGGGACGGUAUGGAUGGGCGACGGCAACAACAAACUGCUUUACCUUGGCAUGUAUGGUCAGUACUAUUCGUACACUAUGUUCAACAUCCAAGCCGAGUGGGCAAGCGCAGUCGUAUCAGGACACAAACAACUUCCUACCAGGGAAGACAUGGAGUCCGAUAUUAGGAUAUGGCGGAGGAAGCAAGAACAACUGGAUGGUCGUUUCGAUGAAAUCGCCUUCCAAUCCGAUUUUGGGUGUGAUCUGGCAAAGGAAGUAGGCUGUACAUACGACAUAGAUGUGCGCACUCUCUUCAACAAAUGGGAGAACGACAAGCGGAAGAAUAUCUGGACAUACCGCGAUCAUGCGUAUACCUCGGUUCACACCGGAAAGUCGGGGAUUAAACAUCACACUCCAUGGUCCCGUGCUUACGACGACUCCGUGGACACGUUUGUUAACCAAACUCCAAACAAAUACUAA